UCGUUUCUUCCCCUCCCACCCACCCUCAUUCCCCCGUCUUCCCCCUCCCUUUUUUGCACUGGGCCCCUGGAAAAAGCCAUGAAUUUUGAAUUUGAGAGGGAGAUAGGCUUCAUAAACAGCCAGCCAUCACUAGCGGAGUGUCUGACGUCCCUUCCCGCUGUCCUGGAGACAUUUCAAACUUCAUCAAUCAAGGAACCACCGACAUUAAUUCCUCCUCCUUUGGAACAAACCCUCCUCGGCUUGGAUCCUCGUCCCAGCAACCAGCCCACGCCAAGGAGCCAAAAGAGACCAAGACAUGGGCAGGCCCAGAAACCCGCGCCCCAGCCUCCUUCCCUGGCUGGAGAAUUCCCCUGGAUGAAGGAGAAGAAAUCCUUUAAGAAAGCCAGCCAGGUCCCCGCCGCUGCCGCUGCUUCUCCUUCUUCCUCCGCCUCGUCUUUGCCUGGAUCUGCCGCUGCUUCUCCUGCAGACGUCCAGGGCUUUUUAGACAACAGUGGGAGCAGUGCUCGGCGGCUGAGGACGGCUUAUACCAACACGCAGCUGCUGGAGCUGGAGAAGGAGUUCCAUUUCAACAAAUACCUCUGCAGACCCCGUCGGGUAGAAAUCGCUGCUUUGCUGGACCUGACUGAAAGGCAAGUGAAAGUCUGGUUCCAAAACCGACGGAUGAAACAUAAGCGACAAACGCAGCAUAAGGAAAUCCCCGAGGGGGACGGCAGCUUGGACCAAGGCAGCGAAGAGGUGGUGGAAGAGGAGGAGGAGGGGGAGGAGGAAGAGGAAGAGGAGGAAGGCAGCCCUCCAUUUGGAAACGUCCUGGAGAUCCCUUGUCCUUACCCAGCCAGCAGCAGAGAGCCAUCGAGGCCCCCCGCCGAUUACCUGACACCCGCAGAGGAGAGCGCCCCCAAUGCAGAGCCAAAUGGGACAGCUGGCUCCCGCUCUUCCUCCUCUUCCUCAUCCUCCUUGGACAAUGCCUGCCUAGAAAGCCAGAGGUCCCCUUUGUUGCCACCAGACCUGAAUCUUUUCUCGGUGGAUUCCUGCCCACAGACCUCAGAAGGGCUUUCUCCCAGCUUCCAGGGGUUCUUAGACAGUCCUGUCAGCUUCUCCGUAGAAGACCUGGAUUUUUUUACAAGCACACUUUGUACUCUCGAUCUGCCACAUUUGAAUUUCCAGUAAAUACCCAUCGACAUUUCUUAUUUGCCUUGGGUUGUAUGCCCCUAUAAAGACAGGCAGGCAGGCAUACACACAUCAACAGUUUCCUUGCCAUUUAAACUGAGAGUAUCCCCCCCGCAUUCUGAUCACCGCCCUCUCCCUUCCCCUCCACACCCCAUUGAGAACGCAUUUCUUUCGAAAGAGGUUUGUGAAUUUCUAACGGACCUAACCCUAACAAAUAUUUCUGUAGCAAUUUUAAAGGAAUUAUGGUCUGAAUGAAUUCAGGUAUUUUCUUCUCCACAUAUAUUUUUAUUCAAACAUGAAGUGUUGCCAAGCUAAGAAGAUGUUUCUCAAAUUAAGAGGAAAAAUACAGCCUGGCCUUUUUAGAUAUCUUUCCAGCCAAGAUUCUCCCUCUCCCGCCCAUUUCCAUCAAGCCUACCCCAGAAAUUCUUAACUCGAGAAGAAAAUGUAUGUCCAUUUUUAAAAAAUGAACUUCUCAGGAAACAAAACAAGAUGUUUAGAUUUAUUAAUUUAAAAACAAAAUAGGAAAGAAGGAAGAAUUUUUAAAAACACCGGAGGUUUUGUCCCUUCCUUUUAUGUUUUAGAGGUAGAUUAUUUAUUCAAAUGCUUUAAUAGUAAAAUGAAAAUUAUUUAUUGUACAUUAUUUUCAUAGAU